GUACCUCUUGCUACCAUGCUCAAAAAGGUAAAAAAGCAGCAGAAAGAUUAUCUCAAUUGUGAUUAUUAUUUUCUUGUUAAUUUUUUAUUUUAAAAAAAUGCCGUUGAUAAACUUGAAAAUUCCCCUCCAUUUGGAUGGAGAAAGUGGCGGGUGAAGCUUCGCAAAUGGGAAGGGCCGCCAUCUCAGUCGGAAGUCUGAUAGUGCAACAGAACCAACAACCCGUCUCCAUUGCUAAGCUGCUGAAGAAAUCUUCAAGUUUCCAGCAGCUUCAAUCCCUGUACGAAUCGGUUAUCAAAGCCGGCCGAUUUUCAGGUUUCACACUGCACAAGAACGGGCCAGUUCCUGUUCCGGAUCUGGUAAAGAAAUUCUCAAACUCCGAGCAGUUCGAAUCCUUAUACGGAUUAAUCACCAAAGGAGGUUUAGCCGCAGAUUGUUUCGUGAUGAACAGAUUAAUCAAUGAGUCUGCUGUUUAUGACAUCGAUUUCGCUACUAGGGUAUUUUCGGAAAUGGUAAAUCCGACUGUGUUUGCUUAUACGGCGUUGAUGCGGGCGUUUGUUCAUUGGAACCGGCCGCUUGGAGGUUCAGAUCUGUACGCUGAGAUGCGGGCGGGUGGAUUUAGCCCUAACAGCUAUGCAUUCUCGUCUAUUGUUAAGAGUUGUACUUUGCUCUGUGAUUUGAAGGGUGGGGAAUCGGUUCAUGGCCAGGUUUGGAAAUACGGGUUUGGUUCUCAUGUUCAUGUGUUGACUUGUUUGGUGGAUUUCUAUUCGAAUCUCGGCAAGGUGUUUGAGUCCAGGUUAGUGUUUGAGGAAAUUCCUGAAAGCAGGAAAGAUGGUGUUUCUUGGAGUGCGAUGGUUUCGGCCCUUGUGCGUGAGGGAGACGUGAGUUCUGCCAGGGAGGUGUUUGAUAGAAUGCCUGAGAAAGCCACUGCUUCUUGGAACGCCAUGAUUCACGGCUAUGCUAGUGUUGGGAAUGUGGAAUCUGCUGAUCUGUUGUUCAAUGAGAUGCCGGAGAAGGAUUUGAUUUCAUGGACUACAAUGAUCAAGUGUUAUAGCCAAAACAAGAUGCACAGGAAAUCUUUACAAGUUUUUGAAGAUAUGAAAAAGCAUGGGGUUACGCCUGAUGAAGUGACCAUGACAGCAAUUAUUUCUGCUUCUGCCCAUGUUGGAUUUCUGGAUCAUGGGAAGGAAUUGCAUAUAUACGUGAUGCAAAAAGGGUUUGAUCUUGACGUUUAUAUUGGGUCUGCACUGGUUGACAUGUAUGCAAAGUGUGGGAGCUUGGAGAAGUCACUUGUGGUGUUCUUCAAGCUGCAGGAGAAGAAUCUUUUCUGUUGGAAUUCAGUGAUUGAUGGGCUUGCAUUCCAUGGCUAUGCAGUCGAAGCAUUGGCAAUGUUCGAUAGGAUGGAGAAAGAAAAUAUAAGGCCAAAUGGCGUUACCUUUGUGAGUGUUCUCUCAGCUUGUUGUCAUGCAGGAAUGGUUGAAGAGGGUCGAAGGAGGUUCUUUGACAUGAUAUGUCGCUACCAAAUUCUUCCUCAAAUGGAACACUAUGGUUGCAUGGUGGAUCUGUUAUGUAAGGCUGGUUUGCUAGAGGAGGCAUUAGAAGUAAUAAGAAGAAUGGAAAUGGAACCAAAUGCUGUUAUAUGGGGUGCUUUACUGGCUGGUUGCAGGAUUCAUAAAAACUUUGAAAUUGCCCAAAUUUCCCUAGACAAUCUGGCCAUCUUGGAGCCAAAUAAUGCUGGAAAUUACACCCUUUUACUUAAUAUGUAUGCUGAAGGAAACACAUGGGGUGAAGUUUCCAGGAUAAGAGAAGAUUUGAAAGCAUCUGGAGUUGAAAAGGAGUUUCCGGGAUCAAGUUGGAUUGAAUUGGAAAAGACAGUUCAUCAAUUUUCUGCCUGUGGUUACUCUCAUCCCGCUUCCCAAGAAAUUUACUCUAUACUAGAUGGAUUAGGUGGCCAACUUAAGCAUGUUGAAUGUGUACAAGAGGAUGGCUUUAUUUAAUCAUUUUGCAAAGAUUUUGAGGCAGACAAGGUCAAUGUGAUUGUUUGCACAGUGAAGAAACAUGAGCGGGCAAGUGGUAGGUGAA